GCGACUUCGAUUGAGCUGUCAUGAGAGAAAUUGUGGAUUGCGAACACUCCCCGGGGCCGUAAAUGGAUAUCAAAUGGAUAUCAUUCGAAAACCCCGUCGGUCUUUGCGCUUGCGUUGUCGUGUCGUCUUAUCUUAACGGGUCCCCCGAGCCGAAUCAAAUUUUUUACUUGCCUCGGCUCGGCAGAGCUCCACUGAAUCGAUUUGCGAUCAAUCAAUCAUUGACCCCCUAGAUGACACUAUCGACAGUCGACGGUUCGCCCCGGGAGCCUUAAAUAUCGUCAAGAUGCCGUUGCGAUGCGCCACGUUACUUCGAGAGACUUGGAGUAUAGACAUUGAUUCACAGUCCUGUUGCACAUAACUCUCAUAAUGACUUCAAAACAAUUCUACCUCCUGGGCGAAGACCCUGUGGUCAACGCCAAGGAGAUUGACAUUUCCUCCGUCACAGAUGAGGAAGAACUUAAGCACACCAUUGCCGCGCACUUUGCUAUCGUGCAACCAUCAGGCGUUGGCUUCAGCUCUCAAAGUAUCAACUUGACAACUGUUGCAGAUGUGCUUGCAGCCGAAGGGCCUAUUGCUAUCAACAUUGACGGCAAGGCUGUUCGCGAGGUGCCUGGCCCCGCAGGACUGCCUUUCCUAGGUAACUACUUCGAGGUCUACCCGGACCACCUGGGAAACCAUCAGAGACUUUUUGAGCAGUACGGGCCUCUGUUCAAGACUACCAACCUCGGUAGUGUAGUGUAUCACACGAACGACCCGGUCCUCGCCUCCAUCGUUUUCGGUGAGACUGAUUUCUUCACAAAGAAGAUCAUUCCCGGACAUCCUCUGCACCCUAUCAAGAACAAAGAAGCGGGAGUCUUCCUUGGCGACACUGAUACAGAGGAAUGGCGAACCGCUCACAAGUUCUUGCCGCCCGCGUUUGGUCCCAAGGCCGUCAGACACUAUGCACCUACCAUGCAAAAGACUGUCGAGGAUGCGUUCAAGGUGUUUGACGAGCUUGACCAGAGAGACGAGGCUUGGAAUGUGUACCCUUACAUGUUGAAGCUCGGUGCUCAAGCUGUCGGCAAGCUGGUGCUGGGCAUGGAUUUCAAGCACUUCAACGCGGUUGACCAGCCACCACACGAGAUGGUCAUGAGAAUCGCGCAAUCCCUGACACUCAACAAGAAGGUCACCUCGAUGGGUGCCUGGUAUGCCCACAUGCCUUUCGGCGCCCCCAAGCAGCUUCGUGAUGCCAGAGGCCGAAUCGUCGAAAUGGUUGAAGAGUCGAUUGCGGCUGCAUCCAAGGGUAUUGAGGAUCUGGAGCUCCAGGAAGCUGCCCAGCAGGCUGAGAACAUGGUUGAUUACGUUCUGCGUGCCACAGACUCGAAGGGCAACAAGCUGCCCAAAGACAAGAUCAUGGAGCCGCUUGUUGUUGCUACCGGUGCCGGUUUCACUACCACCAGUUCGCUGCUAUCAUGGCUGCUGUACGGUCUCGUGGCCUACCCUGGUAACCAGGAGCGUAUUCUCCAGGAGCUUGUCGACAAUGGCUUUGACGAGAACACGCAAAUCACUCCCGAGCUUACCCAGAAGCUCACGUUCCUCGACAAGUACAUCAAGGAGACCCAGCGUCGCCACAACCCCAGCUACCAGCCCGCGCGUACUUCCAAGGUUGACAUGAUCCUGCCUGGUGGCUACAAGCUGCCCAAGGAGCAGAUCGUCAUCCCCGCCAUCCACCACAUCCACAACAACCCCAAGCUCUGGGAGAACCCCACGCAGUUCGACCCUGACCGCUGGGACACCGAAAAGGUCAAGAACCGACCUACCGCCUCCUACAUCCCGUUCGCCACCGGUCCCAGAAUGUGCAUCGGCUUCAACUUUGCCCUGCAGGAAGUCAAGGUCUUCCUGCCCAAGCUUGUGUACAGGUACAACUUCAGCCUGGCCAGCGAUGGCCCCUUGGAGUACGACCCCAUGUUCCAGCUCAUCAGGCCCAUGAACCUCUACGUCAGGGCCGAGCGACGGGUGAAGUGGCCCGCCAAGAGCGAGUAGAAAAGGGAAUAGGAUAAGAUGGCAUCGUGAAACUACGAUUCGGUUGUCAUAGUUAUGUGUAAUAUUGCAUUAGUCGGCGUUUAGUGGGAUGUCUGUCAUUUUUCACAAGCAUCAUACCCCUUCAUAGACUUGAGUUAGAGUUAGACCUUAGACCUAGACCUAGAAUUGGAAGUGGUUGAUUGAGCAAUCUUAAGAUUCUGU